AUGCUUUCAAUAGAAAAAGAAAAUUCAAGAGUUGCUACAACUAAACCAUUAGAUGAACUUUUUACGAAUGUAGGUCAAAAGUUUGAGACAGAGACCGUAAAGCAUGAAGGCUAUCGUUUUGACUACCCACUAAGAUGGUUAAGAGACCCAUCCGUCACAAAAGCUAUUGGCUUUCGUAGAAUGAAGUUCAUUUCAGAAGCCAUACAUGGUUUCCCAUUUACGGUCGGUUUUGAAAUUCGAUACUAUAACAAAGAAAAACGUACGUAUGAGAAAUUUGAACAGGGAAAACUUUUACAAGUGAAUUUGCUUGUAAACUUAGAAACAACUCUUCAAGCUUUUCAAGAAAAAAUAAACGAUAUCUAUCUCGAAUAUGCAAAACAGUACAACAUUGACGAAGGAGAGUACCAUCUCGAUAUUUUAUAUGACAGGAAAAAUGCAACUGUUAAAAUCAAUAGAAUAGAAGACCUUGGAGAAGAC